UCGGGAGGCGCGGGGCGGGCUUUAGCGGCAGCAUCAUGGCGGAGCCGGGCGCGGACGGCGGCGCGGGGCCGCGGUACCGGGGCGGGCUGCACCCCGACACGUGGGAGCAGGAGCUGGAGUCCAUCCCCAUGUUCAUGAAGCAGUGCCCGGCCGAGAUCGACGCGGCGCGGCAGCCCGACCUGGCGUGUCUGCAGUCCCUGCUCUUCGACGAGGAGCAGGGCCCCGCAGAGCUGGCCAGGAUGUACAGGAACGAAGGGAACGAGUACUUCAGGGAGAAGGAGUACGAGAAAGCUGUCAUUGCCUACACCGAGGGGCUGAAAAAGAAGUGCGAGGACCCGGAGAUGAACGCCGUGCUGCACACAAACCGGGGGGCUGUACAGUUCUACCUGGGUAACUACCGUUCUGCUCUUAAUGAUGCCAUCCAAGCAACAAAGCUAAAGCCCACCCACCUCAAAGCAAUUAUAAGAGGAGCCCUCUGUCACUUGGAGCUAAAGAAUUUCUCUGAAGCAAUAGCAUGGUGUGAGAAGGGCUUGCAAAUAGAUUCAAAAGAGAAAAAGCUUGUGGAAGUGAGAGCUAAAGCUGACAAGUUAAAGCGAGCUCAGGAGCGGGAUGCAAGGAAAGCAAAGGUGAUGGAGAAGAAGGAACAGUGUGAAAAGGAAAUUUUGCUUGCAGCAAUAAAGGAAAGAAAUAUCAAGCUGGUUCUUGAGCCUUCAAAUGAAGAAGAGGAAAUAUCAGAUGGCCUGGCUGAGAUAUCCUUAGAUGGGUUCCACUCUGACAACGCCACAGGGGCAAAAGUGCACUUAGAUGCUGAUGGCAACCUGAACUGGCCUGUCCUCUUUCUGUACCCUGAGCACGAGCAGACAGACUUCACUGUGGCUUUCCAUGAGAACUCCAGGUUUAUUGAUCACCUAAUGGUGAUGUUUGCGGAGUUACCUCCUUGGGAUUUAGAAAGAAAAUACCUUCCCAGCAAUCUCGAGCUUUAUUUUGAAGAUGAAGAAAGAGCAGAAAUGUACAAGCUGAACCCAGAACACACGUUGCUACAAGUGCUGCAGCACGAGAGAGCCAUGUGUGGACCUCGUCAUCGUUUGUGAACCAGCUGCAGUGGAGCAGAACAGGACCCUACAGAGGAAGGGAUCUGGGCUACAGCCAGCUUGUGUUUUAAAGCAAGAGGCUACCUGGGUUGUUUGUUCAUCACUGAGCAGUUUGCUGGGGUGGUACAUGGCAAAUAGAGUCAGGUUGAGGAAGGCACAAGUGGGGCUGAUAGGGAAGUAGUAGGGGAAGAGCUUGCUCUGGAUGAAUCCCAGACUGGUUUGUGUUGGAAAGGACCUUAAAGCUCAUCCAGUUCCAACCCCCUGCCACGGGCAGGGACACCUUCCACUAGAGCAGGUUGCUCCAAGCCCCUGUGUCCAACCUGGCCUUGAACACUGCCAGGGAUGGGGCAGCCACAGCUUCUCUGGGCACCCUGUGCCAGCGCCUCAGCACCCUCACAAGGAAGAACUUCUGCCCAAGAGCUCAUCUCAAUCUCCCCUCUGGCAGGUUAAAGCCAUUCCCCUUGUCCUGUCCGUACAGGCCCUUGUCCAAAGCCCCUCUCCAGGUUUCCUGGAGCCCCUUUAGGCACUGGAGCUGCUCUAAGGUCUCCCCUUCAGGCGCCUUCUCUUCUCCAGGCUGCCCCAGCCCAGCUCUCUCAGCCUGGUUCCAGAGCAGAGCUGCUCCAGCCCUCGCAGCAUCUCUGUGGCCUCCUCUGGCCUCGCUCCAGAUGAAGCCAUAGGUGAGGCAGGGGAGGCAGCUGCCCACCACAAACCCUACAAGGGGUAGGUCCUAGCUCAAAGCCCCAUUAGACCUACCAUUGGAGUGGGAACACACAGCGCUGUGCAUGGACCACAACCCACCAGCCACAAAGGUCACUUAGAUCUGCAUUGGCAGGAGGUGGAGAGUAAAACCAGGUGAGGCCUCUUGGUCAGGGAGAAAUCAUCUGUUUAAAACCAGCAAGUUUCUGCACUCUUUAACCAAAACCCCUCAGGGCCUGGCCAGUUCCCAGGCUCACCCCACUGCCCCAGACCCCUGCAGGCACAAGCAUGCGAGCAAGGGCAGCAGCGGGUGGAAAGAGGCUUUGCAGGAGCUGCCUGCUCUGCUACAAAGAGCUCUCUGGAAAUUAAUUAAAACAAAGCUCUGGGAGCAGCCCAUCAGUUGUGCUGCCUGCUUCAUCCCUCCUCCUCCCCUCGGCCAGCCGCCUCAGGGCAUGAGUUACAGCAGGGGAUAGCCUUGAGAGAGAUGCUGCCAUCUAAUUACAUCCCACUCCCCCUGCAAAACAGAUAAAUACACACUGUGAUUUCAUAUAUCAAUUUCAUGUGUUUAUUUAGGGACCUAUAAAAUCAGGUCCUUGAAACCAUCUCUGGCAGCAUCAUGUACUGCAGAAGGUGCUUGGAUCCUACCUGGAGUGCUGUAAAUCCUCUGCUGUCUUCACAGUGUUUUCUUUACUGAAAGCUUCAUAGCAUUUCCAGGGUGCUUCCCCACUCCAUAGAAUCCCAGACUGGUUUGGGUUGGAAGGGACCUUAAAGCUCACCCAGUUCCAGCCCUCUGCCACAGGCAAGGACACCUUCCACUAGAGCAGGUUGCUCCAAGCCCCGUCCAUCCUCCAGCAGCCCUCUUCAUGGCACAAUGGCAGGGACCCAGAGAAGGCAGCCGUGGUCCUUUGGUGGAGGCUUUGUUCCCUGCAUUAUCCUGUGGAGGAGGGCAGUGAUGGGUGCUGUAGGCAGCCAGCAUGGAGCACUGAUGGUCCCAGAGUUCCAGAUCUGCCUUUCCAAAUCAUUUCCCUCCGUGCAGGAAUUACAGCCAAGAGAACAAAGGCAGCUGGGUGGUUUUAUGCAAAGAAGCUGCAGCCAGGAGGGUUGUUCAGAGCAGGGAUAACACCCUGCAGGGAUUUCUGUCUUUUUAAGGGAAACAGGAACAGCCACUGAUUGCUAAACUGGCCCUAGAGCCAUGCGGUUGGUGGGGAGGGCAAGCAGGAAGCUCUGGUAAGGGCAGGGUGCUCCCAACAGGCUCUAGUGCACCACUAGCAGGUCCCUCCUUCCUUGGGAGCUGGCUGUGGGAUGAGGCAGUUGGAGAUCAGUGCUCCAGGGAUGCUUCAAACCACCCAACCCUGCUAUCCCCCAUGCCAGCAGAUGCUGCAGGACUGUGAUUUCCUCCCCAGUUCACAUAAACCUCAAUGUCUUUCACACCACUGCAGCUCCCUGUCGUACCCCCACGUCACUGCUGCUCCAUCACCCUGCGCCCCCAGGGACCCAGCCAGGCCGGGAUGAGGGCUGCCCCUAUUGAAAGCACAAUACUUAAAGAGAAGGAGAGGUCAGUUAAAGUUUAAUGUUCAGGGGAAUACAUCAUUCCCUGCACUUAAUCAACCAGCAGCCAUUCCUAACGAUAAGUAGAAAAGAUGGCUCGCAUCCCGGUGAUAAAGAGGCAGGAUUGCUCCGAGUUCGGGAGAUAAGAGGGCUCUAUAAAAAUUGGAUGUUUUGUACCAUGUUCAGCUUGAGACAACUUUAUCUUGUGGUGAUAGUGCAGCUGGGGGGUCGGGGCAGUGCCACGCCAGGCCUUGCACCGAGAUGCUUAUGAUGAGAAAUACAGCAGAGAUGGGGAGUUUAUGGCCAGUGGAGAGGGGCAGGAAGCUCCUUCUGCUUAUAAACCCAGUGGGGAAUUCGGGUGGCAAAGCACCUUCUUAGGGACUGGGUGUUGUAGAGAGGGAGAAGACACCCCGGGGUGCCUGGAAAAGACCCUGUGUUCAUUUCUGGUCCCCCACGACUUCAUCUUACCACAAGCACGGCAUCACCAUCGCUUGUGCAUGGUUAAGCUCUGCAAAAACCCUUGCUCGGGGUUCAGCACACAGGGCUCUGCUAGCAAAGAUCAUAGAAUCCCAGGCUGGUUUGUGUUGGAAAGGACCUUAAAGCUCAUCCAGUUCCAACCCACUGCCACAGGCAGGGACACCUUCCACUAGAGCAGGUUGCUCCAAGCCCCUGUGUCCAACCUGGCCUUGAACACUGCCAGGGAUGGGGCAGCCACAGCUCCUCUGGGCACCCUGUGCCAGCGCCUCAGCACUCUCACAGGGAAGAACUUCUGCCUUACAUCCAACCUAAAUCUCCCAUUUCAGUUUGAGCCCAGGUUUAACCUUGGCCAGAUGAGGCCAGAGGGCACGGCUGCUGCCUCAGGGCCAUGUUAAACCUGCUGUGCCCAAUGCUCUUCAUGCCC